AUGAAGAUUUUGUCAAGUCCCUUGGAAAUGGGACUCGUCAACAGAUUCCUCGUGUGUUGUGGGGCAGCCGACGGGCUCAGGAAAGAUUUCACCAGCACUCGGGACUCAAGUUUUCAUCCUCAUUCCUCAUCAGCAACAAUUACGGCAGGAAUCAGUCCAAGAUUUUCCCUUCCGUCCGGGGCGGACUCGGGCCGUCCACGGACUUCAAGCAUUCAAGAAAACUCACCCUCGAGCCCAGAAAACCCGCUGCUGAAUAAUAAACCCCUUCAGCAGGGAACAUUGACCAUGAAACACAAUCGUCAUGAGCAACGUGUUAUUGGCAACACCUUGAACUCGUCCUCAUUCACAUCGCCAGGAACCAACAAGAACAGCAUUCCGGAAACAAACAUUCAGCAAGUCGCGGAACAGAAACAGGGGUCGGGGAAAAUGAGCGAGGAGAGGAACAACAACAACAACAACCAGCACAAGCUGAAGAAUUUCCACGCGACGCCUUCGUUCGACGAGAAGGAAGAGUGGAAUAAAAUCACGGACAUCAUUCAAUCCUUCAAUCACGAACUUCUGCCCGGAAAUGAGCAGAAGAAGCCCUUGUUGGAGAUUGACAAUGAAAGAAGUCGCGGUUUUGCUGAUCCGCCUGCAGAAACGCCUGCAUUCAAAAAAUCCAGAGAAACAACCGAGGAACUGAGCCGGUGGUUGUCUCAGACUGGACACCAGGACCUGGUUCCACAUUUCCUGUCAAAUGGAUUCGACAACGUCCAAUUUCUGGGAAACGGUAUUUUGGAAGAAUCAGACCUGGAAGAAAUGGGAAUCCGGGACCCAAGAACUCGUCGAAAAAUUCUAGAGCAAGCCGGAAAACUGCCCUGCAAACUCACAUCCGUAAAAAGCUCUGCAACAACCUCUACGUCCUUGACGAACAAAUCCGUAAAGUCGUUUACAACUGACCAGGAUCAUCAUCAUCAUCAACAACAACACUUCCUGACAGUGGAAUCAUGGCUCUGUUUCCUCGGCUUGGAAUCAUACGCACCGAAGUUCCGCCUAUCGAAAGUCAGUGACAUGAAUGCGGUUCGUCGUCUGUGGGAAGUCGAAUUGACGACCACGCUUGACAUCCACCUUCCUGGUCACAAAAAGCGUAUUUUGGCUUGGUUGGAAAACCAACACAAGGAAAAUGGUACCGUGAGAGACCACGACCGAGCCGUUAAUGUUGCGACGAGUACAACGGAAUCGAGAGCCAGUAAGACUCGAUCCAGAUCGAGUCUGUCGUCCAGUUUGACUUCGCUGAUGCCAUCUCAACACUUCCAGCAGAGAGUUUUCGAGGACCACGACGUUUCUGCUGGUCUUAGUAAACUCAACAACGAGAUCAACGAGUACCAAUCAGAACUGAGAGAAAGACUCGGCUUUUCAACCCCACCAUCAUCCUCUUCCGCAUCGUCCAGCCCUAGUCUACCUGGCUCCAAUAAAUGGAAACACAAGGAUCAGCAUCAUCAUCAUCAUCACAAUAAUAACCUCAACAUGAUGAGCAGCAACAAGCCCAAAUCCACUGCAGCAGCAGCAUCGACAUUAGCUGGAACGGGUUUCAUUCAGCAUUCCCACUCAGAAUUAGGCACGGUGACGGUGUCGGUUCCGGGCAACGUCAAUAACGCGGAAGACGACGCGUUAUCCACGUCGACACUCCCGUCGUCGUCGUCAUCGUCGAGAAUGCCUUUGACGCUUCGGGAACCGCGGGUUAUUGCUGUGUCUGGAGCCGAGUUGCCAGUGGCUUGGCAACACUCCCCCGGGGCUUUGAUUGAUGGCAGCUGUGAUUACUCCGCUCUGUAUUUGGGGUCAACUGUGAUCCAACACAUGGAAGGAAUCCGUUCAUCUCGAAUGACAAUACGGAAGUCGAGAAAAUCUGCAUUUUCCAGUGACAAGGAGAAAACCGAAGUCGCUUUGCGCAUUUCCUGCGUCGGUGUUCAAGUCGUUGACGUUUUUUCAAAGAGAGUUUUAUGUGAGCAUGAUGUUCGAAACAUCAACAGCGCUUGUCAAGAUGACGUUGAUCUCCGAUAUUUCGCUUAUAUCAUACUGGACGAACUCAGUGGAAAUCACUACUGUCACGUGUUCCUGUCUGAGACAGCAGAAAAUUCAUCCGAGGUUAUCUUGACUUUGGGCCAGGCCUUCGAAGUGGCUUAUCAACUCAAACUCCGCGAACAGCGUACUUUGGAAUCCGGCAAGAUAAUAAUUUCGGUGCCAGCAGCUGAAAUCACUUCGACGCCUCGUAAACCCGUGACACUAUUCACAUCAUCGUCGUCAAACAACGCUGUUUCAUCGCCGACACCCAAUUCUUGGUCGACACGAGUAGAAACUGAGCGCUCGAAAUCCACAAACGACAUGCAAUCGUCACUAAUUAACGCAGACGACGAUGACGAUGGAGAUCAUGACGAAGAAGACAGAUUUAGAGAUUUCAAUAAGGGACUCAACUUUGAGAGAAGUGUUUCCGUUGAAAGUUCUACGUCGACGGAAACUUCGACGACGGCGUCUCCUUCGCUGUCGAAUCGUGGUGUCGGUAAUAGUAGUGCUGGUGUGACGACAAUGAUUUUAACAUCUUCGCCGAAUGGGAAUUUCGGAAAUUAUAGUUGUGGUAAUGGGGGCAGCAAGCCAAAAAUUGCGGAGAAACCGAAGAUAGUGCCGAAACCGGCUCACUUGCAAAUUAUUAAAACGUCGGCGUCGUCUGGCUUGAGAAAAUCUGCGAGCACUUCCAAGGUCGAAUUGGGGUUCUCUGGAUUGCUGAAACGGGCUCCAUUGGCAACCAGCGAAGAUUUUUGAAGGGUGUGCAUAAUAAUGUUCACAUAAAUCUAUAUGCUCAAUCUUGAAACAAUUUGAAUCACUUAAUUAUAUUGUAUUACACUGGAACACAUUUUUUUGCUCCAUUUAUUUUCGAAUCGCGCUCAUGAGAAACGUAUUCACGCAAAUUUAAUCACCCCUUGAAUAUAACCACCCUCCUAGAUUUUUCAUGCACAAAAUUAGAAUUCCAUUAAUAGUAUCGGCGAAUGUAUAAGGACUCCACGAGCUCUCAUUUUCUUGGGUUUCUGACUGUCCAGGAACUAAAUUAAAAAAAAAAAAUUUUAGAUUCUCCGCAGAAGAGAAAAAACAACAGUGUCACAUAACCCUCUUUGCUCUUCCCCUUCCGUACAUGACUCAUGCAUCUUCAAAUAUAGAAGCCGACCAUAUUUUAAUUUUUUCAAUUCCAAAAGAACUGAAGAAAAUACGAAGUUCUCGCUCGUUUUGUGGGGCACCAACCGCACCAACAGAAAUAUUUCCUGAUAUAUACGCACAUUACACAUUAAUUUACGUAAAUCGCAUAUAUAUUCGAAUAUAUUCGGACCCCCCCAUUAGUUUUGAGCUUCGAAAAUUGGAAACCUGUUUAAUAUAUGUCUUCAUCUCAAAUUUUUUCAACGCCCGAGAUUCGAUGAACUUUCACGCAAAAUGGCAUGAUUUGCAGCAUAAAUAUUCAAUUUAAUUACAGUAUAAGGUAUUAUUUUUGGUUUAAAUUUCAGUUGAGUGCUUGAACUCGAUGAACGAAGAAUUGAGGAAGAAUGUACAGUAUUUUAUAUGCGAAAAUUAUCGAGAUCUAGAACAAAUGACUUAUUCAUUAAAUGAAGCAUCUACACUCGUGAGAAACGCCAAAUAUGAUAGGUAGUCUUAAAUCAUGACUCAAUUCCCACUAUCACGACAAAUUCAGCGGGGUAUACUAAAUUCAUUAUGAAAUAAGGUUGAAAUAUAUUAGAUAGCUGAAAAAUGUAAACAGUUUUCCUUCUGAAAUGGUCCAUUCCGAACUGAGCUUUUUAUGCGGCUUUCACAUUUCCAAAAUGCUGUUUCUGUAAUAAUACUGUAUCAUCCCGCCGGAUUUCUUUAUUUUGAAUUUAGUUUCACGUUGCUAAGUCAGCAUUGCUUUGGGCAUUCUAUAUCAGAACAUAUAUUACUUUGAUUCUGCAUGAUUCGAUUGCAAUAUGUAGAUGAAAGGUGUUGUGCGGAUGUUUUGACCUUAUUCGAAUCACGUUGAUUGAUGUGGGAAAGCUGGUAUCCUCGAUAUGGGUUAUGAAGAAUACCGUAUACUGUACCAGUGAAAUAUAUUUGUUUGCCUACGUGAUUUUUGCUGAUUGUGGUAUGAUUUUAUUUUGAUUGAAAAUGGAUGUGAUUUCCGACUGAUGAGAGAAAAAGAAAUGGCGCACUGAGUACUGAAUUUGGCAAUUUUCUUCGGACUUUUGACAUGAAACAGCGCUCUGAGUAGGUGACUUAUUUGGGGCGUGGGCUUAUUUUUUGGUUUGAUAUCGUCUUUCUCGUGGUUUGCAAUUCUCUUUCUUAUCAUGAAAUACCUACACGUGUUCGAAAUUAUUUUGCAGCCGGAAAAAGAAAUCCUCAAGCGGAAGCAUAGUGAUUUUUGGUCAAUAAAACUGCUAUUAAAGAUUGUGUCUUAUUUUGAAAUUCUGGACAAGUGUACGGAAAAUUUUGCACCGAUGCUUUUGUCUGAUAUGAGUGUGAGAUAAAUUACUUCCUAUUCAGA